ACCUCCUGCCGGAACCAUAGUUGUGGAGAGAGUGAGAGAAUUCGGACGACCAGCCCAACUCCCGUCAAUCUUUUCACCAUAUCACCCUCAUCUUCAUCGGAAGGUGCGGCGGCUAGAAGAGCAAGAGCAGCAACAGCAGCAGCAGUUGGUUUUCUCGCUCGCCGUCCAUCUAAAUCGCCCACCGAAGAGAUGCCUCCGUCACUUCGAACCCAGCCGUCCUUUGUGCGGCCACGAACUUCGGACAAUAGAUCUGAGCGGCCAGUGACCAGAGGCGAUGAUAACCCUUUGCCGAUACCCAGUCGGACCUCGUCGCUCCACAGCAGGAUCACCCAGCCAAUUCCCUCGACUUUAAACAUCAAAGUGCAGCCUAGGACACCAAAGACCCUCACGCACGCGUACCUCGUCUGUGGUGUCGGACGGGAACCAUCACAAUGGGUCAAGGCUCCGACUCCCGCCCAAGGGAAGAUCGCACACAUGAAGGGCGCUGUCAACCAAUUCUGGCUCCCUGAGAUUCUGGGAAGCAGCCCCCGGUUGGAACAGGACAAUGAAAUGGCAAGAUCGUUGCAUGCGGCCAUGCGGGCUUGCUUCCCCCACGACGUCGAAAUUUGCACCGGCCGCACGCAGCCACAUUGCAUUCAUCACACAUUCGUCCUUCAGCAGGACUCCUCGCACACGCUCUAUGGUAUCGCUCUGAGGGUAUGGUCGAGGGCCGAUGACAAGCGGGCAGAGACCAUCAGGGAAUUGCGAAAACGGAACGAGCCCGAUUAUUACGAUACUCCCGACGAGACAUACUGGAUCCCCUAUGCUCUCAGCUUCUUGUCGCGGUAUCCGCUGUUCAACUUGUUGGGUGAUUAUCUGAGGGGCAUGUGGAUUCACUGGAAUAAGGCGACGAACCUUUUCCACGCAGAGGAGGUUUCGAGGAUAUUGUCCUUUCCCGCCCCGCGGUUGAACGAUCUCGUGCGAAUCGACAUGAAGGAUUAUGCGCUCUGCUACCAGUUUCCCUCUUCGCCAACCGGAUUCCAGAACUUCGCGAUGUGGCCGCUGUUCUGUUGUUUGUCGAUCCCCAACAUUGUCGGUCUCGUCGAGGCCGCCCUUUCGCCUACUCGACGAAUAAUCUUCGUCUCUCACUACCCAGCAAUGUUGACGGUUGCAGCCGAGACAUUGCGCUUCUGCGUGAGAGUAUUCGAAUGGAGUGGUCUGUAUGUUCCGAUCGUGCACGCUAGACAUGCUAGAGAUAUGGUCCAAGAGCCCGGUCCAUAUAUUCUCGGUUUCACCGCCGAAUGCCGAAGUCUAUUUACUGCUCCCAGUGACGCUCUGGUUGUUGAUUUGGACCGCAACUUUGUUCUGACCUCUUCCCCUCCUACAACCCUCAACCCGGGACAGCGUAACAAGAUGAUUCAGCGCCUCACACAAGCUUUGAGCGGAGAUAUAGCCAUCUCCGGUGUCCCAUCUCACCUGAGGUCCGCGUAUGGCGGCGGCAAGCUCGUUCCCGCAGGUCAGAUCAUCGUGAUGCGAGGCGAGGUCGAGAGUGUUCAGGAUCCUCAGUGGUGGGAACAAGACGCUGUAAUGGCCGUCUUGGACCAUGCAUGCGAGAAGAUGGGACGCAACACCGGUAUCAAGGCGAUCUUCGGUGGCUCGGUCAAGAAGCCUCUCAUGACCAAGGUCUCUCUGAGACAUCUCAACGAGAUUGUCCGUGAACGCAACCAGUACUCGCGUGAUGCUGUUGAGGCAUGGCAAGAUUACAUCAACCUUAAGGGGCGCAUGGACACCGAGUUGCAGAAGGUCAACAAGAGGAAUAACUUCCUCCUGGAGGAGGUUGAGAGCUGGAAGCAACAGUUUGAGAAAUUCCAAGCAUUCGCUGCCCAGCUCACCAAGGAAGCCUCCGAUCUCAAGGCCAAGAUCGAGCUGCACAAGAAGGAGAACUCCCGUCUCGCUAAGCUCAUCGAUCAGCAGAAGACCGACAGCAACAAUCUCGGAAUGCGCCUUGCGGGCACCGAGAAGCAGCGCGACGACGCCCUCGAGGCACUGGUCAUGCAGCAGGAGGUUGCUGAGGAUUUGGAGCGCGAGAGGAAGAAGAACAAGAAGGAGCUCACCGAGCUCAUCCGCACCAACCAGAACAUCCAGAGACAACGAGACGAGGCACAACGGGUUGUCAUUCACCUGCGAGCACUCAUCGAGGGCCAGGCCCAUCACAUGGAGCACCUUGUCCGCUCCCUCACCGAUACCGAGCCCGAAGAUUUCAUCGAGGAGGAGGAUUCGAACGGCCAGGUUACCGCCCGGCAAACCCCAUUCAUGUCAAGACGCGCGUCGAGGACUUCCUCGAGAAGCUCAUCACGGACAGCGUCGCGUGCCAGUACGAUCGACCCCAGAGGCCUUGAUUCCGAUGAUGUCACGCCUGACAUGGAACGACGACUAGUGAAUAGCCCAUCAAUGAAGCGAUUCUCCCAGAUGAGCUGGUCCGACGUCGCCGACCGAAACAUCCGCGACAAGACCGACGCGAUCGCCGACAUCAUCCGCAACAUUUCCGAGCAGUGCGCUGCCGCCGUCGAGGGGCUCCACCUUGCACAGGCUGCCGCGGCACAAGAGGAAGAGGCCAUCCGCUCCGGCUCGGGCCGCGACUCGGAAGACGAGGAUGAGGAGGAGAGGGAGGAACGGGAACGGGAGAAGCAAUAUGCUCUCCGCAGACGUAGGCGAUCGACCAUUGACGAAUCGAGCCUGCUGAGCCCCACGCACUCGUCUGUCCCCCCGACCCCGGAACUGAGUCAUCGGUCGAGCACGGCCAUGAGCAUGACCUCAACCCUUACACCCGAUAGGCAUUCACUCGGAUACAAUGAGCUCGAUGUCCCCACAAGAAUCAUCGAAGCGGAGGACUGCAUCUCGGAGCACACCGAGGAGACUGCCUAUCUGGAGGUGGUCAAGGACAAAAUGAGGAACUCUGAUGGCAUCAUCAACCGUGCUGGUGCCCGGGUGUCUGCUUUCGGUACUCCGUAGUUUAGGGUGGUUUAAAUAUUUUUGCAGGAUGAGAUGAAUGGUCCCCACUCUGAACUUCUUUUCCGUUUUCCUUUUCCGUGUCUUCCUGUAGGAUC